CUUUGAUCGUCAUCUUCAUCUCCUUCUCUCUUUUUCACCACCGCUCUCAUUUGAACGUUUUUUCUUUUUUUUUUUUUGUCGGUCUUCAACGUCGUUCCUUCUUUGUUCUCCUACGGUAACUUUCCUUUCUGAUCCCACAGUCCUUACUCAAUUCCUCAUCAACAUGCAAUUGGCACACCUUCUUGCGUUCGCCCUGUCGCUCGCUACGUCCGAGGCCGCCCACAAGGGCUUCAACUACGGUGCGACCAAGGCUGAUGGCAGCGUCAAAUCUCAGUCCGAUUUCGAAUCGGAGUUCUCGACUGCCAAAGGUCUGGUUGGCACUGCGGGCUUCACCAGUGCGAGAUUGUACACCAUGAUCCAAGGUGGCACUACCAACUCCCCCAUUUCCGCCAUUCCCGCGGCCAUUACUGAAAACACCUCCCUGUUGCUGGGUCUAUGGGCCUCUGGGGGUGGGAUGGACAACGAGCUGGCGGCCCUCAAGGCGGCCAUCUCCCAAUACGGGGACUCCUUCGCCAAAUUGGUCGUGGGUAUUUCCGUUGGGAGUGAGGAUCUCUACCGGGCCUCGUCGGAGGGUGAGAAAGUCGACGCCGGCGUGGGCGUUGGCCCCGAGGCCCUGGUCUCGUAUAUCAAGGAGGUCCGAUCGAUCAUCUCGGGCACCGCCCUGAGCAGCGUCCCCAUCGGUCACGUCGACACCUGGACCGCCUGGACUAACGGCUCCAAUUCUGCCGUCAUCGACGCCGUCGACUGGCUGGGCUUUGACGGGUACCCGUACUACCAGAGCUCCAUGUCCAACUCCAUCUCGGACGCCAAGGCUCUCUUCGAUUCCUCGGUGGCUCAGACGAAGGCGGUCGCGAAUGGCAAGGAGGUUUGGAUCACCGAGACCGGAUGGCCCGUCAGCGGAAGCACCCAGAACCUCGCCGUCGCUUCCCUCGCCAACGCGAAAACCUACUGGGAUGAGGUGGGAUGCCCCUUGUUCGACGAGACCAACACCUGGUGGUACAUCCUCCAGGAUGCCAGCUCCUCCACGACCCCGAACCCGAGCUUCGGUGUGGUCGGCGGCACUCUGAGCACCACCCCGUUGUUCAACUUGACUUGCUCCAACACCACUCGCCCAUCUCCGUCCGCUUCGAGCUCCGCUGCUAGCUCCACUAUUCUUUCUGGCUCUGCGGUUGCCUCGGGCUCUGCCAUCGCCGCGGCGAACCCUUCGUCUUCCGGCGUCGUCCCCGGUGCUACUCCCUCUACUACGCCCGGCUUCACGGUCGGCAAGGGAUUCCGUCCGUCCAACUCCUCCGCUGCUGCCCACUAUUCCAGCCUCUGUCUCGAGCUCCGUUUUUGGUGCUCUGGUUGCUGUUUUGGCAUUUGCGGCUACUUUGUAAAGAAACACACCGGGCCCUGGUCCCGAUCCUGAUCAAUAGCUAGAUACAGACCAUCAUCAGCUCUAUUUCCACAUUGCGACUUUCUCAAGUACAUACAUCUGUCUAUUCGCUGGUUGUCGCCGUCCAAGAAAGAAAUCC